AUGAGAGCAGCCGGCAUGCCGUCUCAUGUGUUCGACGUUUUCAUUCAGAGAUUUGUCAUUGGCACAUUGAUACCGGAAUCUAGCUCAGCGCGGUCGCCACGAGCUACAGAGAGCUGCAGCCUGUUUGUGACUUCCAUGGGUCUUUGUAAGUAUACUACAUUUGUAUUCGACGCGGCGAGCACACCUGAACAACAGAUCAACAUGACUGAGUACAAGUCGUACACUUUGGCAGAGGUUGCAACCCGUAAUGGAAAAGGCAGCCAACCCCUCUGGAUAGUGUACAGAGACUCUGUGUACGACGUAUCUCAAUACACACAUGAGCAUCCUGGAGGUGUCGACGCAAUAGCCGAUUAUGCCGGUAAAGAUGGAACUAAAGACUUCGACGACGUCGGUCACUCGUCAGACGCCAAGAAAAUUUUAACCAAAUACAAAGUUGGAGAGAUCGUAGAGGAGGAGAAGAAAUAUGACGCUAACGGUAAAAAGAAGAAGCGUGUAGUGCCCGUCCAACCAGGCAAGCCGGAGACCCGAAGUUGCUUCAACAUCAUCACGUGCGGGCUCAUCGGCUGA